UUUGUCCAAAAUAGUUGGAUCGGUGAAAAAAUCAAAAAGUUCAAAAAACCUUUAUAGAUUACAAACCAGUUCAUCAGGAUCUGAAUUUUGAUUCAAAAAUGUUCAUAGCCAGAUUGAAGCCCUUAUAUUACAUCAGCGACAAGAUUGUCGUCAGAAAUUUGAGGAAUAGCAGGAUAGUUAGUCCACCAGCCAACCCUGGCUUGAGUAGAAGAAUCAAAGCAUUUAAAGAGGACGGUCUCAAGAUAGAAGAUGAUGAUCCUGAAGAAUUCAUUGAACGAUCAGACAGUGACUUUAAAAACGUUGGAGAGGCGUAUAACGAGCACAUGAAUGAAACACUGAUUGGCAAAUAUGAGCUACGCCAUCAAAUCGUCAAGGAUAAGUACUUCAAGGAGAAUAUGCCCAACCUUUUGACUUGGAGUGAGAAAGAACAAAUACGACAUUUGGCCAAUACAGAGCCAGAUGAGUGGACCCCUGAGAGACUUGCAGAAAGUUUUCCUGUUACUGCAAGUACUGUCAAGAAAAUAUUAAAGUAUCCCUGGAAACCUGCGACAGAAGAACGCAUAGCUCGCCAUGAUGCUUCAGUGAUGAGAAAUUGGAGGGAACUCAAAGAAGGUUCUUUAUCAAUAUCUGAAGAGAUCAGACAGCAUUUCCUUAAAUUCUCUGACAGAACUAUCCCACCACUAAAUGCAAAAUCUAUCAAAAUUGAUGUAACCCAAGACGAAAAAAUGGGAGAAUUUGAACAAAUAAUAAGGAGAUGUGCAAACAAGGAGACUGCAGAUAACACAGAAGAAGAUACCACCAACCAAGAAACAGAAGUUGAAGAAUUUAAACACAAAAAACAAUUUAAAGACAAAAAGCUUAUGACACUAGAUCAACUCAAGGACAAAAUAAAAAAUCGCCUAGAUAGUGGCAAUGAAGUAGAUAUCAAUGAUGAAAUUAUUGCAAACACUGUUUCUAGCAAAUCUGUUCAAACUAAGUCCGAUUUAAAUAAUGAAAUUGAACUCCCUGAUGUAAAAAAUGAAUCUAAAGCAGUAACAGGGUACAAAGAAAACACACAAAAUGAAAAGAAUAUUAUGGAUUAUCCAGAGAGGAUAAGAAUUCCUAAAAAGGCUUAUAAAAAAGGUGCUACAUAUAAAGUUAAUGAUUGCUACUAUGAUCAUGAUGGUAGAUUCUUGUACAGAGUUCUAGGAAUGUCAAAUAAUUAGUAUUAAGAAUAAAUGAGAAAUAAAGAUAGAAAAUAAAACAAAUUUUAUUUGAAGCCUUAUAUUUUUUAUAAAAAUUAUAUGCAUUUCAUUAUACUUGUCCAUCAAAAUAAAAUAACUAAAAUUUUAAUACAACACAUAUACACCCAUUUGGUAUGCAAACAUUAUUUGCAAGUCUUUUACUUUGUAAUCGUAAUUUUGAUCAGAACCCCUUAAUUAAAUAUUGCAGUUUUCAUAGACCUUUACAAAAAUACUCUUGAGUGACUAUCACCAUUGUACAUGUUGUAGAACAAAAAAUAUGGCUUGAAACAAUCACUAUAGGGCAGCUAAAAUUAUUAAA